AUUUCUAGUAAAAAUUAUCAAGUCAGUAGCAAUAUCUGACAUUUUUUUAUCAAAAAUUUCGGCCAAUAAGCGUCACCACAUUAUCAGAUUACUGCUAGAUAACAACUACUAAUAGCAUACUAAGUAAGCUCUACUCAUUACAUUUCUAUUCGUUAUACAUUUCAUUUAGUUUAAGUUUGUUCUUUACACCGACUUGAACAAUAACGUGCUUAUUAGACAAAAGUAUCAUACUGUGAUGGUAAAAAUUGGCAAGAAGUUGAUUUUUGUGUUUUCUAUACAAAGCAUACUCAGCAGAUCAAGGCUGGCAAGGAUUGGUCGAUCAGAAGUGAGCCUGACUCAGGUUGAUCCUGCACUAGGAAGGACACUUAUUGCCUUUGAUUUGUGGAAUAACUGUGAUCAAUAUCAACCUCGCACUCGCAGUCUGGCGACUAUUGGAAGGUCAGAGACAAAGUUUCCUCAGGUAGAUCCACCAGGUCGAGCUGUCUUGCCAAUUAUCAGGCCUAGACAUGGUCGGGGUUCCGAACUCGACGAACGACCCUAAAUUGGUCGACGUCACGAAACCGGAAGACGAUGGACAAAUGAGAAAAAUCGAGCAUGUCGUUGAUGAAAUCGACGGCGCUCCAUUGAAAAAUACAAUAAUCAUACCAAGAAUUGGGAUGUCGUCUGAGAAGGAUACAAACGGUGUUUUCACCCUGGCUUUUAACGACGUCGAUAACAAUGGACAAAAAAAAUUAGGACGUCCUGCUGAUCAACUCAAGGUUGAGAAAGCCACAGGUGAUGAAUCUCUAUCAAGUGGCAGUUCCAUAGUGACAAUCUCAUCAGCAGCCAAUUCUGAUCCUGAUCCUGAAGCAAAUGAGAGCAAUUCAAACAGAAGAAGACGAAAUAUAUUGGACGAAAGGUGGCAUCAUACUGCAUUACAAGUGUCAGUGCCUUUUUUUAUCGCUGGAAUUGGAACCAUUGGCGCUGGUCUAGUUUUAGCUAAAGUUGAGAAAUGGGAAGUUUUCGAAAAAGUAUCACAACUAUUCAUCCUUGUUCCAUCUCUUCUUGGCUUGAAAGGCAACUUAGACAUGUGUUUAGCAUCCAGAUUAUGUACUCAAGCUAAUCUAGGGAAUAUGCAUGGCUGCAGAGAGAUUACAAAAAUGAUAAUUGGUAAUCUAGCUCUCGUGCAGAUUCAAGCAAUUGUCGCAGCAAUAAUCGUGUCAAUUUUCGCAACUUCUGCUCAUGCAGCAAUGAACAGUGUUUUCGAGUGGAAUCAUGCCCUACUCGUGACAGCAUCAAGUGUCUGCACAGCUACAAGUUCAUGUUUCAUUCUCGAUCUUGUUAUGAUUAUUGUGAUUAUGAUCACAUAUCGAUGGAAAAUGAACCCAGAUAACUUGGCCACACCUCUGGCAGCUUCAUUUGGAGAUGUCGUAUCAGUCAGUGUUCUCUCUAUUAUCGCUUCAAGUCUAUUCGCUCGAAUAGAAGAUGAAGCUUGGAUUUUAUACGUCAUUAUCUGCGGCUAUCUACUUAUUUUACCCAUUUGGAUUUGGAUUGUAUUGAAGAAUAAAUACACGAGAAAUGUUCUGACCUCUGGAUGGACACCAGUGCUAUCAGCACUAUUCAUUAGUGGUUUGGGAGGAUUAAUUCUAAGUGAGGCAGUAGAUGUGCUUACGGGAUUCGUUAUCUUCCAACCCAUCAUUAAUGGUAUCGGUGGUAAUCUCGUGUCAGUUCAAGCAUCAAGAAUCUCUACAACUCUUCAUCAAACGUCACUUAUGGGUAUUCUUCCACCGUACACAAAAAUAUGGGUGUCUCCGUGGAAAGCUCUGGUUAAUGGAGUGCCUUUUGCUAAAACAGCAAGACUACUUAUUGUGAUGGGUGUUCUUGGUGAAAUAGUUUUUAUAUAUGCAGCAGAUUAUAUUGAACAGCAGCAAUCUACACUGCAUGUUUACUUUAUAUUAUCAUAUAUUCUUGUUGCCUUUUUACAAAUUAUUUUACUUCUCUAUAUUGCCCACAUAAUCAUCCAUGCAAUGUGGAGGUUCAAGAUAGAUCCGGACAAUUCAGCAAUUCCCUACUUGACUGCAUUGGGUGAUCUAAGUGGAACAAUGUUCCUUGGUGGAGCCUUUUGGUUCCUUAAAGAAAUUGGUCACCCUUAUGGUGUGAUUAAAGGGGCUUAAAAAGCCAAUUUUUAUAUUACUUACAUCAUAAUUAAAUUAUUAUUUUAUAGAUGAUAACUGCUAGGCUUUUAAAUUAAAAAAAAAGAGAUUAGGAUAGGAAUAAUGAAUUUUACUUUCGUAGCUAAAUAAUAUUAAAGUAAUAGAUUUUUUUUAAAAUUGUAUUUUCGUUAAUGUGAAUAAUCAAACAACUUUUAUAAACAAAGAUAAGAAUUAUCAAAUCAUUAAUCCUAACAGGGUAAUGAAAGUAUUAAUUUUAUACUAAAAAAAUGUAAAAAAUGUGCUUAAUGUUACGUACAUGGAUUAGAAGUAAUUAUAGUUUAAAAUACUCAAAAAUUUACAUUUUUUAAAUCAUGUAAUUUAUGAGUGUAAAAAUGUACAUUGAGAUACUUAAUAAUGUUGUCACAUGUUGAAGACAAUUUGAUUUAAUCAAAAAAUAUUAGGAUGUACUAAAAAAAAUUUUGCGAUCAUAUUGUGAUAAAUUAUUAUUCUUAAUGUAUUAUGGUGUAUAGUGUCAAUAAAUUGAAAUAACUUAACAUCAAGAA